AUGAAUCGCUCCAAAGUGGCUCCAUUAAAGCAGUUGUCGAUUCCUCGUAUGGAACUUCUGGCCGCCGUUCUUGGAGCCAGGCUAAAGCAAACAGUGAUGAAUAAUCAUCAUUUUGCGAUUAUUAGAGUGCUACACUGGAUCGAUGCCGACGUUGUCCUGUCAUGGAUUCGAUCUGAUCAACGCCGAUACAAACAAUUUGUAGGAUUUCGCAUUGGCGAAAUUCUUAGUUUGACAAAAAUAUCCGACUGGCGCUGGGUACCUACAAGGCUCAACGUGGCAGGUCAGCUAACAAAGUGGGGCAAGGACCCAGUGCUACAUUCUGAUGGCUCAUGGGUGCGAGGACCUUCCUUUCUGUACUCUCCGGAAACAGAUUGGCCAAAGAAACAGCUACCACCAGCAAACACGACAGAAGAGCUCCGAAUACACUUGCUAUUGCACAAUGUAGUCGUACCCGAAAUUCUCGUAGAUGCGAGAAAUAUCUCGAAGUGGACAGUGCUCGUGAGGAUGAUGGCAUCUGUCCUGCGGUUCAUCUCUAAUUGCCAGCGAAAGGUUAAAGGGCUACCGAUCGAAACACUAAAAGCAACGGAUAGGCAGAGAAAGCUGCUGAGUCCGAUUAUCAUCAGUAAGAUUCAGAUGCCUUUACAACAAGAAGAAUAUGAGAAAGCGGAACGGUACCUGCAGAAAAUGGCACAAGCCCAGGGCUUCAUCGAUGAGUUGAAGGUACUAAAACGGAACAAGGAGCGACCGGUGACCGAGUGGCUGGCUUUAGACCGAACCAGUCCGCUACACAAGCUGACGCCGCUGAUUGACGAGAGCGGUUUGAUUCAGAUGGAAGGUCGCUGCGAACUUGCGAAAUCCCUGCCAUUUGAUCUGUGUUUUCCAGUAAUUUUGCCAGCAAGCAAUUGGGUUACACAUCUGAUUGCAUUGCACUAUCAUAAAAGAAGUGGCCAUGGAUAUCGACAGGUUGUCAGAAACAGGCUGAAACAGCUGUACUACGUCGUGAGCAUAGAUGCCGUUAUUAAGUCAGCGUUGAAGUCCUGCAUGUGGUGUAAAGUUCACCGCAAUCGUCCCACGGUUCCACAAAUGGCUCAAUUGCCAGAACAGCGGAUUACGCCGUACCUGCGCCCAUUUAGCUACGUUGGAGUCGAUUACUUGGGGCCGUUUGAAGUAACUGUUGGAUGCCGGACAGAAAAAAAGGUGGAUUGA